AUGAAUAUUCCUUAUGCUUCAGUUGUCGGUUAUCUCGGGUAUGUUCAAGUAUGUACUAUGCCGGACAUCGCCUUUGCUGUUGGAAUGCUGGGACGAUAUCAAAGUGAUCUGGGUUUAGACCACUGGAGAGCUGCAAAGAAGGUUUUGAGGAAGAUGAACACUUUGGACAUUGUUGGGUACUCUGAUGCGGACUUUGCCGGUUGCGUUGAUUCUCAGAAAUCAACUUUGCGAAACAUUUUCAUUAUGGCUGGUAGAGCUAUUUCAUGGAGAAGUGUUAAACAAACUCUUGUCACCAUUUCAACCAUGGAAGUCGAGUUCGUUUAA